CAACAACAACAGCAGCAACAGCAGCUGCAACAGCAGCAAGAGCAGCUGCAACAACAACAACAACAAUCUCGGCAACAACUGCAGCAACAACAACCGCGACAGCAGCAGCCGCCGCAAUUUGUUUCAUCUCGUUUAAUUCCAAAGAGCACGGAUUGUUCCGACACCGAGACGGACGAACCGAGCGUCCCGCCGGCCGUGAUGCCGGCCACCGAUCCGGAUGGGAACGGGGACUACGCGUUGGAGGAGCAUGCCUAUGCACGGAUGAGCCGACGCACGCGGGACGCUAGAAACGACGCGGAAUGGUCGAGGCAGGCACGCCAGAGCACCAGCGUGCCCGGAUUGUUUCCCCGGCGGGACAGCAUCGGCGGGCUGAGCACGCAGAGCCAGCCGGUCGGCGGAGGCGGCCCCAACUACAGCAGCCUCGGCUUGCAAAGCCCGGCACCGUCCUACCGAUCGCAAGGUUGCAACGACUACUCAAGCAACUACGCGCCUGGAGUGACGUCGGCAGUGGUGGCUGACAUGCGCGAGGUACUGCGGGUCCGCGAGGCAAGCAUGACGGAGCACGUGAAGGUGAUGGUGACCCAGGAGCUGUUACCACUGCAGCUGCAGAUCAGCCGUAUACAGAGCGAUCUCGCUGAAAUGAAGCGGGACAUCCGGAAGAUAGACAGCACGGCACAGGUGCACGCCGGACGUCUGGAAACGCUCGAACGGGACGUCGUUUGUUUGAAGCAGGGCUCGAAUGUGCUGGUGCAGAGCCUUAUGAUGGCGUUAAGCUUGGGCGGCUUGGACGGGCCGAACGGGCAGGGCGGACCGUCCAACCAAAACCGACCGCCACCUCCACUGAUGCAUCUGCUGCAAUCGUACCCGCACCGUGCGGACGAGCAACAUAUGUACGGGCCACCGUCGCCAAUGCACUACUCCCAAAACAUUCCGCUGCCGGGGGUUCCGCCAUUUCUGCAUGGCAUGAUGCCGCCGCCGCCACCACCGUCGUCUGUGCCACUUAUGCCGCAUCCGGGCCUCAUAGCCAGCCCGAACGCCGGUGUAAGCGGCAUCUCGCCAUUGUCCAGCGGCUCCCGGUCGCUCAGCGGCAGUCUGCAACGCGGUGACAUCCGCCACCUGGAUGCCGUGUUCGAUGAAACCGUGGGCCAUCUGACGCCGCACUCCAAUGGCGACUACUCGGACCUCCGCGAGGUAGAGCUUCGCCGCGAACUGCAGGACGCCGUCGCCGCCAAGUCCGCGCAUCAAACGCGCAUCAACAUGCUGCAGCAUUCGCUGAACCUCGUGAGCCAAGAACGUAAUGGAACACCAUAUCGCGCCCGUACCGCCACCGUCUCGCGCGCCUCCAUGGAGCAGGAGCAGCAGCAGCAGCAGCAACAGCAGCAGCAGCAGCAGCAGCAGCAGCAGCAGCAACAGCAACAGCAUGGCGGAGUCAGCGGAAUCGGGCCAGUGACAGACCUCUAACUACCCGAACACCUCCGAUGUGCCAUCAGACAACGCGAAACUAACUAACUAUAGAAGCCUUAGCCUAGCAGCGCCUUUACCGCAACUGGCCUUACGAGAGAUUGUUCCAAACCGAUUUUACAACCUUACUUACCUUAGCGAGAUACAAACCUAACAGGCACGACAGCCGAACGAUAGACUAGAAUCAGGGCAGAUAGAGAGAGUAUGAGAGGGGAGAUAGAAAGAGAGCGUUUGCAAACGAUGGACAGGUUGCCGGCGGGCGAUACCACGUAUUACAUUAUAGAAUUUCUAAUGGAAUAUUUAUCGACGAUUGGAGAUUAAUAUUUUCUGUUUGUUUUUUUGAAAAUUGCAUAAUAAACACGACACCGGUACGAAACUAACGGUAAUUUA